AUGAGGCUUAAAAACCCUUUCGUCUUUAUCGUACAGAUUUUGCUCGACGUUCUGCUGGUGCCUAUCAGCGUGGAUGAUGCAACCCUCGGCAAGAUUACGGUGUCCGACGUCCCGCUGUCUGCAUCCGUCAUCAGACGUUUUGACCAACCGGACACAAGCGAGCGUCACAAGCAUCGGACCCACCCACUUCAAAACGAAUACCCGCGGCCCAUCUUCGACAAGCCAUCGUCAUCGACAGCUUCGUUUGAGGCUAUAAAACCGGGCAGCGGGAGGCACCAUGACACUGGGCACGGCAGCUUCUCGGACAUGAGGCUUAAAAACCCUUUCGUCUUUAUCGUACAGAUUUUGCUCGACGUUCUGCUGGUGCCUAUCAGCGUGGAUGAUGCAACCCUCGGCAAGAUUACGGUGUCCGACGUCCCGCUGUCUGCAUCCGUCAUCAGACGUUUUGACCAACCGGACACAAGCGAGCGUCACAAGCAUCGGACCCACCCACUUCAAAACGAAUACCCGCGGCCCAUCUUCGACAAGCCAUCGUCAUCGACAGCUUCGUUUGAGGCUAUAAAACCGGGCAGCGGGAGGCACCACGACACUGGGCACGGCAGCUUCUCGGACAUGAGGCUUAAAAACCCUUUCGUCUUUAUCGUACAGGUAAGGAGGCACUACUACCUAUCUUUUCGUAGUAAUAACGUGUGCCUGAUCUUGCUGCCGUGCCCACGGUCGUGUUAUUCAUUGUUGUGCAAUGUGAUCGUGUAUUUAAAAAUGCUACUCCUGCUUAGCGGUGAUGUUGAGGUUAACCCUGGUCCGGACAUGAAGAUUAUAAUGGAACAGCUUAAAGCCAUUGCUAAAGAUAUACAGGACAUAAAGAACGAAAAGGUCACAACAAAUGACAGACUCUCAGCCAUCGAACAAAAGCUAGAAAGCUUUAGUACGCUCCAAACUACCGUCAGUGCGUGUCAAGAAAAAAUAAUUGAACUUGAAGCUAACAUCAAAACCAUUUCUAAAAAGCUAGACGAUUUGGAAAACCGAAGCAGGAGAGCAAACUUGAUAAUCUACGGAAUCAAAGAAAAAGACACUGAAAACAGUGAAAUACUUGAAAGAGUGGUUUCAGACGAAAUCUUCGGAAAGCUUCUUAACACGCCGAUAUCAGGCAUCGAAAGAAUUCACCGUCUGGGAAAAAAGACGGACCAAAGAAUUAGACCUGUCAUCCUAAAACUACUUGACUGCAGAGAUAAGACAAGAGUGCUGAAAAAUUGCUUCAAAUUGAAAGGGACAACGUUUUCUAUCAGCGAGGAUUUUUCACGCCCCGUGCAACAGAUACGAAAGAAACUGUGGGAAAGCACUAAAAUCAAUCGAGAUAAAAACGACAAAGUGUUCUUGACUUUCGAUAAGGUCAGGGUAAACGGGCAGUUGUACGCAUGGGACGAGGAUAAAAAUGACAAAGUUCUAAUAGCAAAAAACGAUGUCACCGACCACGCCUAG